GAACCCCUGCAGCUUCACGGCCUGCCCAGAGGGCUCUUCUCGCCUGCGGUUCGCCUUCAGGGUUGUGUUGAUCACCCAAUUGUCCUGACAGAAGCAGUGUGCAAUCCUCUGUAUUCAAGGCAAAUGAUGUCUGAGCUCCUCUUCGAAUGCUACCAAGUGCCAAAAGUGUCCUAUGGUGUGGACAGCCUGUACAGUUUUUACCACAACAGAAAGCAGAACUGGCCCUGCAGUGGUUUGGUGAUCUCUUCGGGGUAUCAGUGUACACACAUUUUGCCAGUCUUAGAUGGCAGGCUGGAUGCUAAGAACUGCAAGCGCAUUAACCUGGGAGGGUGCCAAGCAGCUGUGUAUCUGCAGCGACUCCUGCAGCUCAAGUACCCUGGGCACUUUGCAGCUAUCACGCUCAGCCGCAUGGAGGAGAUCCUGCAUGAGCACAGCUAUGUAGCAGAGGACUACAUAGAAGAGCUACAGAAGUGGAGGUGCCCAGAGUACUAUGAGAAUAAUGUGCACAAGAUGCAGCUGCCUUUCUCCAACAAGCUGCUAGGAAGCACUCUGACCUCAGAGGAGAAGCAGGAGAAGAAGCAGCAGCAACUGCGGCGACUUCAGGAACUGAACGCACGUCGUCGAGAAGAGAAGCUGCAGCUUGACCAAGAGAGGCUAGACAGGUUGUUGUAUGUCCAGGAACUUUUAGAGGAUGGUCAGAUGGAUCAGUUCCACAAAGCUUUGGUGGAGCUGAACAUGGACUCUGCAGAAGAACUUCAGUCUUACAUCAACAAAUUGAGUGUGUCUGUUGAACAAACGAAGCAGAAAAUCCUGCAGUCAGAAGUCAAUAUUGAAGUAGAUGUUGUGGACAGCAAGCCAGAGACUCCUGAUUUGGAUCCAUUGGGCAGUGAACAGUCCCUGGAGGAUGUGGAAAGUAUUAAUGAGUUUGAACCUUUGUUUGCUGAGGAACAGCCUGAAGCUGAGAAGCCUGUUGCUGCAGUGCAGCCCGUGUUUAACCUGGCAGAGUACCACCAGCUUUUCCUUGGCACUGAAAGAAUCAGAGCUCCAGAGAUUGUCUUCCAGCCCUCCCUGAUAGGAGAAGACCAGGCUGGUAUAGCAGAAACCAUGCAGUAUGUCCUUGAGAGGUAUUCAAAGGAACAACAAGAUGUUCUUGUCCAGAAUGUGUUUCUCACUGGUGGAAAUAUGAUGUACCCUGGACUGAAAGGCAGAGUACAGAAGGAACUCCUGGAAAUGAGGCCUUUCCAGUCUUCUUUCCAGGUUCACCUUGCUUCCAAUCCCGUUUUGGAUGCCUGGUACGGAGCUAGGGACUGGGCAGUGGAAUACAUGAACCGUGAGGAAGGCUGGAUAACCAGAAAGGACUAUGAAGAAAAAGGGGGAGAAUACCUCAAGGAACACUGUGCUUCCAAUGUCUAUGUUCCCAUCCGCCUCCCCAAGCAGGCCCCACGGUCAGCAGAGUCCUCAGCAUCCAGCAAGGGACAGGCCUCAGGCACAGGCACCCCCAGUGAGCAGGCAUAGCCCUGUCCUCAGCACCCAGCUCGGCUGGGGAUAGCAGGGCAGAGUUAUGGUGUGCAGGAGGGAAGGCCUUGGCCCAGCCUCGCUGCCUGCCCGGGAGCACUGAGCAUCCCAUCC